AUCAGAAUGAGCUCCGCCAGGCACACGAGCUGCUGGAGCAGUUUUCACAAACUAAUCUGCCUGAAUACCUGAAGACGCUGUCUGAUGUGCUCGCCAACCAGGAGCAGAAUGGCUACGUCCGCAUGGCAGCCGGCCUGCAGCUGAAGAACCAGCUUACCUCGAAGGAUGACGCCGUCCGCGCUCGGCUGACGCAGCAGUGGCUGACGCUAAGUGAGGAGAUUCGAAAUGCUGUGAAGGUGAACACGCUGCGCAGUCUGGGCACGGAGACGGGGCGGCCCAGCGCCAGCUCGCAGUGCAUCGCCUACAUCGCCGCCAUCGAGCUGCCGCACAACCUCUGGCCCUCGCUGAUUCGCACGCUUACGGAGAAUGCCACCCGGCGGGAGAACAACGAGCAGGUGAAGGUGGCCAACCUCGAGGCAAUUGGCUACAUCUGCCAGGAGGUCCAUCCCGAGCUGCUCAUCUCCGAGUCGAACCAGAUCCUCACCGCCAUCAUCAACAACAUGGGCAAGGACGAGCAGUCGACCAACGUCCGCCUGACGGCCACCAAUGCGCUGCUGAACUCACUUGAGUUCACCAAGGCCAACUUUGACACCGAGCAGGAGCGGCACUUUAUCAUGCAGGUCGUCUGUGAGGCAACGCAGUGCUCGGACAUUCGGGUUCAAGUGGCCGCCCUUCAGUGCCUGGUGAAGAUCAUGUCCCUCUACUACGUCUACAUGGAGCAGUACAUGACGGUGGCCCUCUUCGCCAUCACCCUCCAGGCAAUCCGCAGCGACCAGCCGGAGAUUGCCCUGCAGGGCAUCGAGUUCUGGUCGAACGUCUGCGACGAGGAGAUUGAGCUCGCCAUCGAGGCCUCGGAGGCCGCCGAACAGGGCCGCCCGCCGUCGCGCACCUCGAAGUUCUACGCGAAGGGCGCCCUGCCCUACCUGGUGCCCCUGCUGCUGCAGACGCUGACGCACCAGGACGAGGACGCCGACGAGGACGAGUGGAACCCCUGCAAAGCCGCCUCGGUGUGCCUCAUUCUGAUGGCCACCUGCACGGAGGACGACAUCAUCGCCCACACCAUGCCCUUCAUCACCGAGAACAUCAGCAAGGAGGACUGGCACCUGCGCGAGGCCGCCAUGAUGUCCUUCGGCUCCAUCCUCGAGGGCCCCUCCACGGCGGUGCUGGUCCCGAUCGUCCAGCAGGCGCUGCCCACCGUCAUCAGCCUGAUGCGCGACCAGUCGGUGGUGGUGCGGGACACCACCACCUGGGUACUGAGCAAGAUCUGCGAGCAGGUGAGCGAGGUGGUGCUCAAGCCCGAGGUGCUCAAACCGGUGCUGGACGUGCUCAUUGAGGCGCUCAAGUCGGAGCCGCGCGUAGCGGUGAACGCCUGCUGGGCGCUCAACUCGCUCUCCGAGGCGGCGAACGACGUCGCCUGCAACUUCGAGGGCAUCAUCGAGAACCCGAAGACGAACCUCCUCUCGGAGUACUUUGAGGUGAUCGUCACCCAUCUCAUCGCCUGCACCGACCGCCCCGACUCGGUGAUGAACAACCUCCGGUCGAGUGCCUACGAGGCGCUGAUGGAGAUGAUCAAGAACAGCCCCCAGGACAACUACCCCAUCGUCCGGCAGACGACGAUGAUCAUCCUCGAGCGACUGAAUCGGCUGCUCUCGGAGAACCACGCCGGCGACCAGAACAUCAUGGACCUGCAGUCGCUACUGUGCAGCGCCCUGCAGUCGGUGCUGCGCAAGAUGACGCCGGAGGACGCGCCCAAGAUCUCCGACGCCAUCAUGACCGCCACCCUGCAGAUGCUCGACUUUAGCUCAAAAGCGGGCAACAUCAACGAAGACGCCCUGCUGGUGGCCGGCACGCUGUCGGAGAUUCUCACCAAGGGUUUCAUCGCCUACUACCCCUCUUUUCAGCAGUACCUGCUGCUGGGCCUGAAGAGCUACCAGAAUGCGCAGCUCUGCUCGGUGGCCAUCGGCGUCGUCGCCGACCUCUGCCACGCCAUGGGCGCCGACAUGACGCCCUACAGCGGCGAGCUGAUGGCCACGCUCAUGGAGGUGCUCUCCAGCACCGUCGUCCAGCGCAAGAUCAAGACCGAGGUGCUGAGCGUCUUCGGCGACAUUGCCCUCGCCAUUGGGACGGCCUUCAGCGCCUACCUGGAGACGGUGCUGCAGACGCUGCUGCAGGCGACCAACAUCAGCUACAACCGCGCCAACUACGAGCUGGUGGAGUACGUCAAUGAGCUGUGGGAGAGCACGCUGCACGCCUACACCGGCAUCGUCCAGGCGCUCAAGGGCGACGGCGAGCCGUUCAACCAGGAGGUGAUGCGCCUCCAGCCGCACAUCGUCUACAUGAACCAGUUUCUGCUGAAGGUGGCGGAGCAGUACGUCGACCUCCCGGACGCCAUCAUCGCCUCCGCCGCCGGCCUCAUCGGCGACCUGCUCACCGUCUUCGGCGCGACGAUGCUGCCGCUGGUGGAGCAGGCCGCCGUCCAGUCGAUGUUCGUCCGCGGCAAGAAGAGCAAAUCGAGCAAGACGCGCACCAUGUCGCUGUGGGUGCUGCGGGAGAUCAAGAAGUUCAAGGUGGCCAUGGGCCAGCUGCCUGCCGGUGCGGGUGGUGGAGCCGCCCCCACGCAACAACAACAACAGCAACCGAUUUUUAUUCCCAACCAA